AUGGCUGGUGGGUCUUCAAAUCGUGGAUGUCGAGGAGGUAAAGGAAGGGGGAGCCCGAGGCAGAAGAAGGGGAAGCAUGUGGUCCCUGAGCAUGGCACAUGCGAAAAGCCAACAUAUGACCCUACCUCUUGGUGGGGGGAGAAAUUUCCAGACAAUUUCAAGUUUAGGCCCAUUGCUAGAAAUUUAGUAAAUGUCCAUGUCUGGCAUAGUGGCAAGUUUGUGUCAGAACCUAGUCUGGAUUAUUUAAAUGGUUGGGGUAUGUCUCAUUUAAUAUAUGGUAUAGUCUAUAGACACCCUGAUUUUGGACUUUCUAGUGGUUGUAAGCCAUUUAGGGAUGAUGGAGAUGUGGUGGCUUUUCUGAAUGAUGUAAAGGGACAUAGUGAAGUUGACUUUUAUGUUGAGCAUUUAGUAGAGGAAGUACCAGAACUUGUAGAUGACUUUCAGUUCCUUGAAUACACACAAGCUGGUCAGGGUGAGGGAGUUAAGGAGAAUGGUGAGGGUUCUGUUGGUGAGGGUUCUGUUGAGGGACUUAAUGAUGGCCAGGGUGGUUCUGGUGAGGGACAAAAUGAGAUUGUUUAUGAGGAUUGUGAGGUAGUUGGUGAGGGAGUUAAUGAAGGACAAAAUGAGAUUGUUAAUGAGGAUUGUGAGGUAGUUGGUGAGGCAGUUAAUGAAGGACAACAUGAGAUUCUUAAUGAGGAUUGUGAUGUAGCUGGUGAGGGACUUGAUGAAGGACAACAUGAGAUUCUUAAUGAGGAUUGUCAGGUAGCUGGUGAGGGACUUGAUGAAGGACAACAUGAGAUUCUUAAUGAGGAUUGUCAGGUAGCUGGUGAGGGACUUGAUGGAAAAGAUGAUAGUGAGAUCAGUUUAGAUGACAGUGACUUUGAUGAGAAGUGGGAGUGGUCCAAAGUCCUUCCAACCUUUGGUUCAGUAGAUGAAGACCAAGUUGCUACCAAGGAUAAAAAUCCAGCUUGUUUGGAUGAAUUUGCAAAUGAGGAUGGAGCUUCUGAUGACUUGGAAACACCACCUGACAGUGAUGAUGAAAUUGGUCAGCAAAGGAAAAAGUUCCCAAUUUUCAAACUCCCUCCAGAUGGUGCAGAGGUUAAGUUUGUAGUUGGGCAGAAAUUUACUACUUCCAAACUCUUUAAAACAGCUAUUAAAGAGUAUGCUCUUCAAAGGAGGAAGAAUGUAAUUUUAGAGAAGAGUGAUAGCAAAAGGGUUGUCAUUAAAUGCGAGGGUGAGUGUCCAUUUUAUUGCAGGCUUUCCAAGUAUGAGCAGAACAAUUUCUGGCAGAUUGUCUCACUGGUUGAUGAGCACUCAUGCUAUAGGACCUCCAAGAAUCGCCAUGCCAGGCCUAAGCUACUUGCCAAGAAAUUGAUGCAAACAAUAAGGCAUAACCCUGGAAUGAAGUGCAAUUCUGUGGUUGCUGAAGGCCAGCUUAGGUGGGGAGUAGUGCUGAAUAGAUUUCAAGCAUCAAGAAUUAGGACAGCAGCCAAAAAGAUGAUUGAUGGGGCAGAGCAGGAACAAUAUAAACAUCUAAGGAGUUAUGCUAAUGAGCUAUUGAGGAGCAACCCAAACAGCACUGUGAUUAUCAAAAGUGAGAUGGGAGCGGAUGGCCCUGUGUUCUAGAGAAUUUAU